GUCCUGGAUCACUGUAUGCAGCACUCCAUCUACUGCAACAUCGUUGUUACUCAGCCGAGGAAGAUCGGGGCCAGUAGCAUUGCAAGGUGGAUCAGCAAGGAGCGGUCCUGGCCUCUGGGCGAACUGGUGGGCUACCAGGUUGGCUUAGAAAAGAUUGCAACCAAAGACACAAAACUCAUUUAUGUGACAACUGGCGUUCUCCUUCAGAAAAUAGUUGGAGCCAAAAGCCUCUCAGAGUUCACCCACAUCUUCAUAGAUGAAGUGCAUGAACGUACUGAAGAGAUGGAUUUCUUGCUUUUGGUGGUCCGGAAACUGUUGCGCACCAAUUCACGAUUUGUGAAGGUAAUUCUGAUGUCUGCAACAAUCAGCUGCCAAGAAUUUGCCCACUAUUUUGCAGUUCCCAUUCGCAACAGACUUUAUCCAGUGUAUGUGUUUGAAGUGGAAGGCAAACCCCAUACUAUUGAAGAAUAUUACCUGGAUGAGCUGAAGUCUAUUAUCAGUCAUAUUAGGAUUCCUGCACAAGUUUUUGAGGAACCAGUAAUCCAUCCAGAAAUGUACAAAACUGCAGUUGCUCUGAUCCGGUGGUUUGACAAGCUAGAGUUGAAGGAGAGUGGGGCAGAAAACCAGAGUCUGGACUUCAUGUCAGAACGUGGUAGUGUAUUGGUAUUUCUACCAGGUCUGGCAGAAAUAAAUUGCAUGCACGAGCUUCUCUCAGUCAUGGCUCAGGAAAGGUUGCAAGUAUAUCCACUCCAUUCCACUGUCUCGUUGGAAGACCAAAAUAAUGUUUUCAUGUCUCCAGUCCCUGGUUACCGCAAAAUACUUCUGUCUACAAAUAUAGCAGAGAGCUCUGUUACAGUUCCAGAUGUUAAAUACGUCAUCGAUUUCUGUUUGACCAGAACACUGGUUUGUGAUGAAGAUACCAACUACCAAAGCUUGAGGCUGUGCUGGGCCUCUAAAAAUAGCUGUAACCAGAGGAGAGGUCGGGCUGGCCGCAUUUCCAAAGGCUACUGCUACAGACUAGUAUGCAAGGACUUUUGGGCAAACUGUAUUCCUGAGAGCAGCGUACCUGAGAUGACGCGAUGCCCUUUGGAAAAUACUGUGUUAAAGGUGAAGAUGCUUGACAUGGGAGAACCAGUAGCUUUACUAGCAACAGCUCUGUCUCCUCCAAGCAUAAGUGAUAUUGAACGCACCAUUCUGCAUCUUAAGGAAAUAGGAGCACUUUCUAUUGGGGUCCAUUCUGAAGGAAAGACUCCUUAUGAUGGUGAGCUGACCUUCUUAGGAAAGGUGUUGGCGCAGUUACCUGUGGAUCAGCGCCUUGGCAAGCUAAUAGUUUUUGGUCAUGUCUUUGGGUGUCUGGAAGAAUGUCUGAUAAUAGCUGCAGCUCUCUCUUUGAACAACUUCUUUGUAAUACCUUUCAGACAACACCUUGAUGGAUACAGGAAUAAACUACAUUUUUCUGGAAACAGCAGGAGUGAUUGCAUUGCUAUUGUUAAUGCAUUUAAGGAGUGGCGGGAAAACAGGCAAACGGGAAAACUUAGACACCCCAAGGUGGCUGAAUUGUAUGAGGAAUUGAAGAGAAGAGUCGGGGCCUUCAAUAUGCACAUCAGCACUCGCCCCCCAGCCAUGGAUUGCGAGCAUGAGCAUAAGCAGCGUUUCAUUUUGCAGGUGGUCAUGGCUGGAGCUUUCUAUCCAAAUUAUUUUACUUUUGGGCACCAUGACGAAGACCUUGCUGUAAGGGAACUGACAGGCAAAGAUCCCAAAACAACCGUGGUGUUGAAGAACAUCCCCCCCUACGGCUUCCUCUACCACAAACAGUUACAAUCCCUGUUUAGACAAUGUGGCCAAGUAAAAUCCAUUUCGUAUGACGGGGCCAAAGCCUUUGUCGAAUUUUCCCGGAAUCCAACAGAACGCUUUAAAACGCUUCCUCCAGUAUAUAUGGCCCUCAAGAUGUCUCAGCUGAGGAUUCCUCUUGAGCUGAAUGUACAUUUCCCUGAAGAGAUUGAAGGGAAAAUGGAAGGAGUAGCAGCUGCCAUUGUGAGAGGCACACGAGUCAAUGUGGAUUUCCAGAAGCAUACAGUGGCUCCCAUGCAGAGGUUCAGUGGUGCUCUGGAAAAAUUGCAGACCAUAAACAGCCUUGAUUUGUCCAUCAUUGUCACAGAGGUGGUGGAGGUUGGACAUUUUUGGGGUUACAGAACAGACGAAAGAAACAUGACAUUGCUGAAAAAUAUUUCUGCUGAAAUCAACCAUUUACAGCUGAGUCCUUUGCCAGUUCGUCCAUAUCCUGAUUUGGUUUGUUUGGCACCAUUUAAUGACUGGGAAAAUGAGAGAUAUUACAGAGCCCAAGUUCUGUAUGUAUCUGGAGAGAGCGCUGAGGUUUUCUAUGUAGAUUACGGCAACAGGUUGAAAGUGGCUUUGGAACACUUGCGGGAGAUUCCCAGCCACCUUCGAGAACUUCCCUUCCAGGCUCUGGAAUUCAAGGUGCGCAGACUGCGUCCCUCUGCACAUUCUCUUGUAUGUGGAGAACGGUGGAGCCGUGCUGCAAGCCAGAGGUUUGCUUCCUUGGUCCAUGGCUGUGCUCUCAUGGUGAAGGUCUUUUCAGUCGUGCAUGGCGUCUUGCACGUGGAUGUCUUUCGGUACUUUGAAAACCUGGACUUGGUGAACAUCCGCAGCAUACUCUUUCAGGAAUGCCACGCUGAACUUGUGGAGGACUCCUUCGAAUCAAAGCUAAGCAAUGAAAACCUCAAGCAGCAUUUUUCAGAUCCAGAAGAGAAGAGAGGAAAGGGAAUUGCAUCUCCCCAGCAUAACUCCCAAGAAGAAGAGAAUUGCCUGAUUGAAAUGUUAUUGGAGAGAUGCUCUGCCAAUAGGCUUAGUGCACCAAACUGCAAGGCAACCCUGACUGGUCCGUACAAUCCCUACUGUUUGAAAUUCAGCAGUAUGACGCGAGGCUCCAAGUUCAGAGCUGUGUUGGUGGAUAAGGAGAGCGUAAACUCCGUUGUUAUUGCUGAUGCUCCAGAGGAUUCCUUUCAACAGAUACUGGUUGCUGCCUCCAUAACAGUAAACACAACAGGAUCUACAAUUUUGCUAAAGGAGACGUCGCUCAUGCCUCAUAUUCCGGGUCUUCCAGCAUUACUUAGCAUGCUGUUUGCUCCUGUGAUAGACCUGAGGGUAGACGAAAGCAGGAGGAGGUACAUUGGAGUCCUUUGUGGUUUGGGAUGGAACCAUGAUCUGGGAACACCAGUCCUUCAGGACCAUGACAUGGAGCUCGCAUUUGAUGUGCAGAUAGAUGUGGACGACAUAACACAGAUAAACAUUCUCCGGACUGCCAUUAACAAAUUGGUCUCUGGCAGCCCAAAUGGCUUUCUGCAUUUUGGUCAAGAAAGAAUUUCCCAGUUGCAGAAUAAUGUUCGUCAGAAGCUUUUAGGUCUGAUCUGCAGAUCCAAACCUCGUGAACAAAUUCCUCCUGUGUGGUAUGCAAAGCCAUAUGAAUGGAGCCAGUGGAAGUCAGCGCAUAUUAUAGACCAGUCUGGAGGCAAGAAUGAACAAGAACGAAUUGUUUCCCUGUACCAGCUGCAUAAGUUGGUGUUGCUAAAUGCCUGA